AUGGAACAGCUUUUCGUGUCUGUCUGGCUGGGCAACGUCGAGAGUGUUGGAGUCAGGUUCGGUAUGUUCGGACUCGCUAAAGCUGUUCCCGCUAGUAUAGGCUUCAACUACAUAGGAAUCGUCAUUUUGAUUAUAGGGGCACUGAUGUACUCACUCGUAAAGAACACUCCUCAAAAACAACCUGGACAAGAUGAAGCUAAAGAAAAUGAGGAGGUGCGUUGA